UCCAGAAGUUCCGCCGAGCGGACACCUUAGCUUGUGAGUCACCGAGUUUGUACUUCUGCGCAGGCGUCCUCAGCCCACAUCAGGCUUAGCUCCUGCGGCGAGACCGCCCUGCUGUCAUGGCUCCUCUGCUGUUGUCGCUGCCGCUUUGUAUUCUGCCGCCGGGUUCGGGCUCCCCCCGCCUGGUGUGCUACUGCGAGCCGGAGAGUGGUGGAGACGGGGACCGCGACGACUUCAACCUCUAUGUGACGGACGCCGCGGAGCUCUGGAGUACCUGCUUCUCCCCCGACAGCCUGGCGACGCUCAAAGCCCGAUUUGGCCUAAGUGGGACUGAGGAGAUCCAUUCCCGGUUCAGGGCAGCCUGCCAACAGCAGGCAGUGACUGUAAGCCUGCAAGAAGACAGAGCAUUGAUGACCCUUUCAGGGGAUACCUCUGCCCUGGCCUUUGUCCUUUCCAAGGUGCCCAGCCCAGAGGCAGCCCCUAGGCUGCAGGCUUUGACUCUCAGCCUGGCAGAGCAUGUAUGCAACCUAGAGAGGCGGCUGGCAGCUGCAGAAGAGACCGUCACUAGCCCCAGGAAGAACACACAACCGGCAGGCACUCAGUUCUUCUUACCAGAACUUGAUCACCAGAGAGGCAGCUCUGGGCCUGGGGUCAGGAGACGGUGUCCAGGGGAGUCUCUCAUCAACCCUGGCUUCAAAAGGUACUUGCCACCUGCCUUCUACCCUGGUCCCUUCCUUUUCCUCUGUGUAUCACAUCCUCUUGUCUUCUAGUAAGAAACCAGCUGCUGGUGUAGACUUCGAUGAGGCCUGAAGACAGCAAAGCCUGUUUAUCUGGCCGGGAGCCUGUCUGCAAGGAAAGGGGAGAUCUAGGGCCCCCUAAUCAGAGACACCCCUUGCUUCGCACCCCUUGUGGUCCUGCUGUUGGGCAAAGGUGCCUCUCAUCCCUUCCCCGUCAAAUAAACUGCUCCCUCGGGGAGAGAUACUAGGCCAGACUUGACUAGUGAAGACUGGCCUUGGGGAGGGGCAGGAGAAGACCCCUCUGGUGCGCUGUGGAGCCCUUGGAUGCAAACAGAUGCACCAGGCUCUCAGCAUCCAGAAGGCUCUCCUGCCUGGGUCUUAGGGCAGGCAGCAGAGCUUUCUCAGACCUACUGUGUUGAUUCUGCGUGGCCAGCACAAGAGCUGAGAGGGUCCUGGUCUGGGACAGCCAGAACUCUCUAAGGCUUAGAAUAGUGUCCCACACUUGCAAGCCCCACCCAGGUAGCACAGAGGCGUUGUCUUGGAGGCCACCACAGGGCAUUAGACAGUAGAAGCCCCUUACAGGAGAUAUGGUUGGCCCACAGCCUGUGGCUGGACUGAGGAAUGUAGGCCUGCCCCCACCCACUUGGCCAGGAUCCCGGAGGCUGAGCCCCAUGGAGCUCUGAUCCCCACCCUCCUUGGCCAUCCAGGGCACCCCGCCCAGCUCUGGCCUGACUGGUUUGGGAGACAAUCCAAUCUCCUAGAUCCCUGCCGUCUCUGUGCCAGGGCAGCUGUAAGGGGCCCCAGGCCUUUGUGCCACACCACGGAGGAGGAUGAACUGUGCUUUGCGCAGUGGACUCUCUUGUCCUCAUCUUUUGGGGCCACCGCCUUUAACUAUGUUUCUCAUCACAGGGUUGAGGUGGUGUAACUGCGGGUCUCUGGUCAUCUGGACGUCAGGACACGGUUACUUGGGGGUAGAGAUGCUUUAUGGGGCUGCAGAUGAGUGUCUGAGGGAGGGGGGUUAACGG